CCGGGAUAUCAAGAUGGCGGCGCCCAGGAGCUGUGUUCUAUGGCGCUACUGCGGCCACGGGUGGUCGCGAUUAGCAGGAGACUGCAGGCUCCCCGGGUUUCGUAGAUCCUGGCUGGGGGCCACGCUGAGUGCGCGGUCCUUGUCCCAAGAGAAGCGAACCGCGGAAACUCACUUCGGGUUUGAGACGGUGUCGGAAAAGGAAAAAGGAGGCAAAGUCUACCAGGUGUUUCAGAGCGUGGCCAGGAAGUACGACCUGAUGAAUGACAUGAUGAGCCUCGGCAUCCACCGUGCCUGGAAGGAUUUGCUGAUCAGAAAAAUGCACCCGCUGCCCGGGACCCAGCUGCUCGAUGUGGCUGGAGGCACAGGUGACAUUGCAUUCCGGUUCCUUAGUUACGUUCAGGCGCAGCAUGAGAGGAAACAGAGGAGACAGCUGAGGACGCGGCAGAAUUUAUCCUGGGAAGAAAUUGCCAGAAAGUACCAGAGUAAAGAGGACCCCCUGGGAGGUUCGCUCGUCAUGGUCUGCGACAUCAACAGGGAGAUGCUGAAGGUCGGAAAGCAGAAAGCCUUGGCCCAGGGACACACGGCUGGACUUGCGUGGGUGCUGGGAGACGCAGAAGAACUGCCCUUUGAUGAUGACAGAUUUGAUGUUUACACCAUUGCCUUUGGGAUCCGGAAUGUCACGCACAUUGACCGGGCUCUCCAGGAAGCCCAUCGAGUCCUAAAGCCUGGAGGACGGUUUCUCUGUCUGGAGUUUAGCCAAGUGAAUGACCCCCUCAUCUCCAGGCUUUAUGAUCUGUACAGCUUCCAGGUCAUCCCUGUCAUCGGUGAGGUCAUUGCAGGAGACUGGAAGUCCUACCAAUAUCUUGUGGAAAGUAUUCGCAAGUUCCCAAAUCAGGAAGAGUUCAAGGACAUGAUAGAAGACGCAGGCUUUCAGAAGGUGACUUACGAGAGCCUGACUUCAGGGAUUGUGGCCAUUCACUCUGGCUUCAAACUCUAGCUCCUUUGCUAUUGUGGAGCAGAAGCCAGGCAUUUCUACUGAAGCCCAGGGCUGGAAGAUCAUCUCCCUGAUGAGACAGUAGCUGAGCAUCCAUUCCUCUUAAGGCUACAAAGCCUUGGAUUCCUGUUCUGCAUUGACCAGGCUCAAAAAGGAAGAAACCAAUUGCUGCCUUUUUUGCAGCUCUCAUUAGUAGCUGCCCAGGCUGCUGAGGCCUUCUCCCACGAUUGUCUGGCCUAGCUGUGCAGUGUGGGAGUCGGGUAAAACCAGCAGGAAUGCAGUUUUGAAGCUUAUGCGCAGCUUCUCUAUGACAGAUGUUUUCUAGAGGGAUAAUGGAUCACUGGGACCCUAGGAGAAUUUGAACCAGCCCUUCAGACUAGAAUUGAAUCUAGGGCCAAAAGCCACAGCCCACCGGUGAGGUG